ACUUCCAUCCAGCUAGUCGACAAUGAAUGUUCUCUGAAAUAUGCUUAAAUUAACGACUCCUUGCUCCUCUUGACAUCCGAAGACACACCCAGAAUUGGCAAAUUUAUGAAGAGACACACCCAGAAUUGGCAAAUUUAUGAAGCGCGAACAUCAACUUGCAUAGCUAGCCCGUUAUUGGCGUCAUAUUUUUUGUUUGGGCCGCGGGGGGAAUUUAAGGAUGCGUGUUUAACUGGAUUCUUUCAAUAACGACUACUAUGCUAAUUAUGCUCUCCUCAGGGAGCAAUGUUCUUGGCUGCUGCCCUGGUUCUUCCCGCCCGAAGUAUAAGACCACAACUAUAACCUAAUUACACCAAUUCCUAAUUCUCUAUCUGUGUCUCUCUCCACUCCAAAUUCUCCAAUACUUUCUCUUUGCAUUGCAAAUUCUCUGCUCUCUCUCUCUCUCUCUCUCUCUCUUUAUUACUGGUUUCUUUAUUUCAUCUUCCUUACUUCAAGAAUGGAUGAUAUCCCUGAAGCUACGGCUAGGCUUACCUCUAUCAUCAAUCGUGGAUCAUCCGCCUUAAAAAAUGCCCACUUUGAUAAAGCUGCUAGGUACUUCAAGAAGGCUCGUGAUGCCAGCGUUCAACUCCAAGGUGAACGUACUUUGGAACGCUCCCUUUUGCACCAUUUAUAUGGUGUUUCCUUGCUGUACGAAAUUCCAUUUCAGGGAGAUGAUGAUCCGUUGGAAUUUUUACCGAGGGAAGCUGAUUACUAUCUUGCUAAAGAUAGACCUUAUAGUUCUUAUAGCAAGUUAUACAGCGGUACUGUUAGCCAAGAGGACUAUGCAAAUCAGAUGGAAGCUGCACAGAAAGAACUAAAGAUUGCAUGGUCAAUUCUGGAAAAUGAAUCAAACUGCUUAAAAGAGAAAGCUAGUACACUCUGCGCCCUUGGGGAAGUUGCAUUGAGAAGGGGGGAACCAAAUCCUGAGCGUUAUUAUAUCCAAGCAUCAUCCUUCUUUGAGAGUUUGGAAGGAGAAAUUCAUAAACAGCGAAUAGUCCAUAUAAAUGUCAAAAUAUGCAUCUGCCUUGAGGGCAGCGACAAGAUUAAAGCCAUUGAAUACGGCGAGAAGGCUCUGUCAUCCUAUCAGGCUCAACUGAAGCGGCUAAUAUCUGAAACACAGAGCUCAUCCAAAUCUGUAGAAUCAAAAACUUCCUCUGAUUCGGAAUCGUCUUCAGCCACACAAAUUGAUCCUUCUAUUCAGAAAAAGAAAAAUGAAAGGAGCAUGCUGAUUAAAAUUUUAAGUAAGCUGCAAUUCAAGCUUGAUGAUCUGAAGGCAGGUUCAUCCGCCUCACCAAACCUGGAAGGAACUUCACUGGCUCCAGCUGGUCAUAGAGAUGGAAAAGAAAAGGUGUCCCAAUUAAUACAAGUCCUGAGAAUUGAUAAGCAGUUUGAUAACUGAGAAAUGAUCAGCCAACCGAUUCUCUGCAAAGAAUCAGAUAUGGGUGAUGGAUUAAUAUAGUGAACAUUGUCGUCUUACCUCUUCUUAACGCCAAGAACAUUGCUUUUUUGAUACGUCUGUUCUUUAAUACAUUUUUUUGGUGAUCUAGUUACGUGUAUAAUUUUUCACUCGUCGGAAAGGG